AUUACAAUUUCGCAAUCAAACCGCUAAUUUGCCAAAACAUUCAUCAAGUGACAAUAGUAGUGGUUUCGAAAUGCAUAAGUUAAAAAAGGUAUUGCAAGACGUUUACAGUCCGAUUCUAUCCAAACGUAAAACCGGUCAAAGUCUAGCGAAACAACAAAUGAGUUUUCCAAACUUGCAACAAUACUUGGACCCAGUUCGAUCGUAUAUCAAAACUGCAUAUAGAACGUAUUUGCUACUGAAUCCGGAAAUAAAGAUGGCUCAAUGCUUAUACAAGCACUUGUACGUCGAAUAUCCUCGUUUGAUGGGAUUUUUCCGCAUGCAAAACCUACGACUACUUGCUAGACGCGCAUAUCAGAUGGUUGCGAAGUUCGUUAAUAGUGUUUUAAGUGGCAGUGUGUUUGCACCCGUUGAGACUGAGGCCGAUGAAGAGCGUGUUGGUUUGAAAGUUGCGAUGAUCACAAAAGAAAAACCACCACAAAAACCAAAGACACCACAAUUGAAUUUGGGCAAUUAUGGAGCGUAUAAUUUACCUCAAUCAGUUCCAAAUUACAACUAUGCAUAUUAUCCUCAGCCAGGUGUGGCAUACCAACCAAUUUCAACGCCUAACUUUGUCUAUCAAAGAGUUAAGCGUCAAUCUGCACAAUUUCCAAUCCAAAUAGUCGAAGCAAACACACAAUUUUCCCCGAACCAACAAUACCAGCCAGGAUAUACACCACAAAUGACACACACGGGAACGAAACAACCACCAAAAGAAUCUUUACAUCCAAGUCAAUUCGUCGAUAAUGUUCAAGAUUUCGAAGACAUGGACCCGGAUGCCAAGAUCGAUUUGAGCAAUUCAGCUCUUCAAAACCAAGCCGACCAACUAUUCAACAUGGAUUCAUUGUUCUGGAAAAGUAUGGGUGUCGAAGAUAAUAUGAUUAGGAAAUACUCGUUAGCCUAUUGUGGUAAGGAAUAUGUAACGAGUAUACUUAGACGUUUCGUUAAAAAUGUUAUCCUCAGUUAA